AUGGUAGCUGAUAAAGAAAUUACGAAGAAAUCUGGACACACAUAUAGACAGUGGAUGUUUGCUAUUACGGCCAAUUUUACGAUCUUGGUCUAUGGUUUGGAGAGUGGUUGGAUAUCUCCCAUUACGUCGUUGCUACAGUCAGAGGAUUCCCCAGUUGGAUACCCACUAACAGACUCUCAGCUCUCUUGGAUAGCAAGUGUGUUGGGCUUAACCGCAACAUUUGGGGUCGUCACGUACUCUUACGUUGCUGACAAGUAUGGAAGAAAAAUUAGCGUGGUCGUUAUUGCCAUGUUGGAAGCAAUUUCAUGGGUAAUUCGUUUAUCGUACACUUCGUUUCCUCUGCUUAUUUUAGCCAGAAUCUUCGCUGGCUUAGCAGCUGGCGGUUGUUACACCAUCACUACCAUCUAUGUGAAAGAAAUAAGUCAAGAAGAUUUGGCAGGAAUUUUAGGGACUCUGCCCAUUCUUACGCAUACUACUGGAAUAUUUUUGAUGUAUGUUAUGGGGGCCUAUAUGGAUUAUACGGUAGUUAUUAUUACUGCCCUGGUGGUGCCAAUAUUAACAAUAAUUACAAUGACAAAAGCUCCUGAAUCACCUGCUUUCUUAGUCAAACAAAAUAAAAUUGAAAAAGCAAAAGAAACGGUGGCAUACCUCAGGGGACUAGACAAAGACCAUGAUAUUGUGGAAAGAGUUAUUGACGAUCUGAUUAAAGAAGAAGUGCGUUUCAAAUCAUUACCAACUAUCACUUUUAUAAAUAUAUUAAAAAACAAUUCUUGGCGACGUGGUUUCAUCCUUAUAAUGUUUCUAUUUACAUGCUAUGAAGUAAAUGGUGCAUUUGUCAUUGUGACUUUUGCGACUAAAAUGUUAACGUCGACUGGAAUACAGUUUGAUGUAAGUCCUGAGGUCCAGUCUCUCAGCUUCCCACUUGUCAUGAUCAUCGCUUCACUAGGGUUGACUUCUUGCGUCGAGAGAUGUGGAAGAAAGCCUCUUUUAAUCGGCACUUAUGGUAUAACUGCGCUUGCAAUGUUCGCGUUGGCCAUAAUGAUUGUUUUCCAAGAGCGAUAUGGUAAUGUUCCAGCGUGGAUGCCUGCUGUAGCUUUAAUACUUUCAGUAGCUAUGUGCAGCGGUGGAGUGUCACCUUUGACCUUUAUUAUCACGACGGAAAUGUUGAAUUUCCAUAUCAGAGCCACGGUGAUGGGCGUGGUGGUCACUUAUGCAUGGUUCUUGACGUCCAUAGCACAAAUCACUUAUACUCCGAUGGCCAAUUCAAUGGGAGAAUUUGCCCCUUACGUUUUUUAUGGAUGUGGCAAUUUAGCUGCAGUAUUUUUUGUUGCAUUCUUCUUACCGGAGACACGGGGUAAAACUGAGGAAGAGAUAUUUAAAAAUGUGAAGAAUAAGAAUGUUGGUGUAAUA